AUAAACAACUACUUAUUUCGGUAUUUUAUACACGCAUACACUAUUAUAUAGGCACUAUUCUGUAUCAGUUUGGUUAGUUAACAGCUAUGCCUUUUUAAUAAUUAAAAUUACAAAGAUUCUAAUACUAAUCUAACGGUGUACAGUCGUUCUCAAACAGCAAGUGUAUCAUUAAGAUGGAUCUGCCAAAGACGUUUGAAGUGGGGAAUUACACAGAAUGCUUUUUAAGUGGUAACCAAUACUGCAAAUUUGGCGCUAUUUUAAAAUACCCUAAAGAUAAUCUGACCCUUAUGAAUUAUGUAAAGAGUAUAUACGAAGAUAAAACUCAGAGAGAUCCAUACCUUAUCCAUAGGGAAAUAUGUAUACCUAAUACGCUAUCUACCUGUAAAGAAUCGGUCUAUCAAUUCGCAAUUAACUCAAUUAAUGAAAAAUUGAAAUAUAAUAUUUCAACAUCUGAAAUAACGCAGUCUACAUGUACUAAUGGCACCUACGAAAUAAACACCUACGACAAGAUCAUAGUGUUACUCAUCAUACUCUAUACGUCCCUUGUCUUCAUUUCAACAUAUUUUGAUAAAUACAAAAGAAAUAGGUUUAGAGGUUAUCCAGAUAAGUUCCUAUUGCAUUUUUCGUUAUAUCGUAGCUGGAAAAAUAGAACGGAUAUUUCAAAAAAUGAAAAUUACCAAAAACUAUUAUCUAUGCAAGGUUUAAGAGUCUAUAUGAUGCUAAUAGUGUUCUUACUACAUCUUACGUUUAUCUAUUUUAAUAUUCCUGUAAAGAAUCCGAACUAUCAUCGAGACCUUCUUUACACUGGAGAGGCACAGUACUGGAGCAAGUAUUUACUAGCUUGGGGCACUUUUAUAGUUUUAUACUUCUUUGUAGUAUCGUCUUGGCUUGCUACUGUCCAAUUAUACAAAACGUUCGAAAAUAGCGGCAAAAUAACUUUAAGAAACGUCGUCGUUAUAAUAGUUAACAGAUAUUUCAGGUUUAUAUCAGCCGCCAUAUUUAUUAGUAUAUUUAUAUCAAACUGGAAAUACGUAGUGAGCACGCCAUUCAAUUUUGAUGUGAUGCGAUAUACUGAUAAUAGUUGCCAGCAAGAUUUAUUAUUAAACAUAUUUAUGAUGGCAAAUUUCAAAUACUGGAAAAACAUAUGCUAUCCUGUAACAUGGUCACUAUCAGCAGAUUUCCAGAUGUAUAUUAUUAAUGUAAUAGUAAUUUACAUAAUCUUCAAAUACAAGCUGAACGAAUUUAGGGUAUAUUUCAGUAUGUUGGUAGGUUUUUGUUUUAUUAAUGGAUUCAUGAUCUACUGGUAUAACGCAGGAGUUAUAUUUAAUUUUGACGCCAGGGAAACUAAACUGUUUAUUCUUGACGACUCAGUAGAUUUUGCCAUAAAUUACCUAUCUACUUUUUCGACAGCGUCAUCAAGUUGUAUUGGAAUAAUAUUGGGUGUUAUCUAUGUAAACAUUAAAAGCAAAGAGUUUAGUAAUGGAAACACGCUAUACUCAAUUGUGUGGUUUCUUCUAUUUUUGGGGUUGCCGAUUUUUGCAGUUGUUUUAAGUACAAGAGAAGGCACAGGAUUUGUGACUGCAAUUUACGGAGCCUUAGUUAAGCCUGUCUAUUGUUUAGGCUUGGGAAUAGGUGUCCUCGGUAUGGCACUAAAUUUAGGCGGACAUAUGAAAAAGAUAUAUGAAAAUAAAUAUGUUGUAUUUUUGAGCAACUUUACUUUUAGUGGUUACAUUUGUCACUGGGCCCUUCUUCAUUUUCUUAUUAGUAUCCACGAACCUCCUACCCUAAGUAACGGCUAUAUAGUAACAGCCUAUGUAAUAUUGUCUGCAGCUUCCAUAAUAGUCGCAAUAUUUUUUACUAUAUUCGUUGAAGAACCACUGUUAUCAUUGCAGAAGGCUAUACUACCUCAGAUAAAGGAGCAAGAAAAUAUAAAAAAUGAAAUGACCAAGAAAAUGUUAUAAAUGUAAUAUAUUAAAUAAAUUAAAUUUUAGUUUUAUUAUCAUA